CGUGUGGGCCACCCUUGCUCCGCCUGUCCUUCGAGAGUCUUCGGUAAGUUUCUAUGCUGCACUCUUUUAAGGAAGCGUCUGAGGCCACACCUCAUUCAUUUACCUGCUACCCAAACCAGCGAGUGGACCAGUCAAGCACCACAGAGGCUCAGCGUAAAGUAGAGGAACCAUGUCCAAGGGACCGGCAGUGGGUAUCGAUCUGGGCACGACCUACUCCUGUGUAGGUGUGUUCCAGCACGGCAAAGUAGAGAUCAUUGCCAACGACCAGGGAAACAGGACUACACCCAGUUAUGUUGCCUUCACUGACACGGAGAGGCUGAUUGGUGACGCUGCAAAGAACCAAGUUGCAUUGAACCCCACUAACACAGUAUUUGAUGUGAAGCGACUUAUUGGACGCCAGUUUAAUGACUCAGUUGUUCAGGCUGACAUGAAACUCUGGCCCUUCACUGUCAUCAAUGAUAGCUCGCGGCCCAAGGUCCAGGUGGAGUACAAGGGGGAGACCAAGACCUUCUACCCAGAGGAGAUCUCCUCCAUGGUGCUGCUGAAAAUGAAGGAGAUUGCAGAGGCGUAUCUUGGCAAGACCAUAACCAACGCUGUUGUGACCGUGCCGGCCUACUUCAACGACUCUCAGCGCCAGGCCACCAAAGAUGCCGGCACCAUCUCCGGGCUCAACGUCCUUCGCAUCAUCAACGAGCCCACAGCUGCGGCUAUUGCUUACGGCCUGGACAAGAAGGUUGGCUCUGAGAAAAACGUCCUCAUCUUUGACCUGGGCGGCGGCACUUUUGAUGUGUCCGUCUUGGCCAUCGAAGAUGGCAUCUUUGAGGUCAAGUCGACGGCAGGCAACACGCACUUGGGGGGCGAAGACUUUGACAACCGCAUGGUGAACUUCUUCAUCGCCGAGUUCAAGCGCAAGCACAAGAAAGACAUCAGCGAAAACAAGAGGGCGGUGCGUCGUCUGCGCACAGCUUGCGAGAGGGCGAAGCGAACCCUCUCCUCCAGCACGCAAGCCAGCUUAGAAAUCGAUUCGCUGUACGAGGGCAUCGAUUUCUAUACCUCCGUCACCAGGGCCCGCUUUGAGGAGAUGAACGGAGACUUGUUCCGCGGAACUCUAGAACCUGUGGAGAACGCUCUCCGUGACUCCAAGCUGGACAAGAGCCGAAUUAAUGAGAUCGUUCUAGUGGGAGGCUCGACUCGUAUACCCAAGAUCCAAAAGCUGCUGCAAGACUUCUUCAAUGGGAAGGAACUCAACAAGAGCAUCAAUCCAGAUGAAGCAGUGGCCUACGGUGCAGCGGUGCAGGCCGCCAUCCUGUCAGGCGACAAAUCGGAGAACGUGCAGGACUUGCUGCUGCUGGAUGUGACCCCAUUGUCUCUGGGCAUCGAGACCGCCGGAGGAGUCAUGAGUUCACUCAUCAAGAGAAACACCACCAUUCCCACAAAGCAGGCGCAGGUCUUUACCACCUACUCCGACAACCAGCCGGGUGUGCUCAUUCAGGUGUUUGAAGGUGAAAGGACCAUGACCAAAGACAACAACAUUUUGGGUAAAUUUGAAUUGACUGGAAUCCCCCCAGCACCCCGAGGGGUUCCUCAAAUCGAGGUGACCUUUGACAUUGACGCCAACGGCAUCCUGAAUGUGUCUGCGACCGACAAGAGCACCGGGAAGGAGAACAAAAUCACCAUCACCAAUGACAAAGGUCGCCUCAGCAAGGACGACAUUGAACGCAUGGUGAGGGAAGCGGAGGACUUCAAGGUAGAGGAUGACCUGCAAAGAGAUAGGGUGGCAGCCAAGAAUGGCUUGGAAUCUUACGCCUUCAGCAUGAAAUCCACUAUGGAGGACGAAAAGCUGAAAGACAAGAUCAGCGCUGAAGACAAGCAGAAGAUUCUGGAUAAGUGCACAGAGGUUAUCAGCUGGCUGGACAAAAACCAAUCUGCAGAGAAAGAUGAGUUUGACCACCAGCAGAAGGAGCUGGAAAAGGUGUGCAACCCCAUUGUGACCAAGCUGUACCAGGGUGCUGGGGGCAUGCCAGGAGGCUUCCCUGGAGCUGGCGCUGCUCCUGGUGGAGGCGGAGCAUCCUCCGGCCCAACCAUUGAAGAAGUUGACUAAACUGCACAUGUGCCUCUGCUUCAUAGACAAGUGUCACUUAUGGUUACCUGCUUUAACUUGUAACUAUCACCACUUUGGCUAAUCUAAGGUCAUGGCUUUCAGCUGUACUGCUAAGAUUCCUGCCUAAAAUCUAAACAUUACUCACUUUUUAUUUUGGGGAUUUUUUUCAUGUCUUUGCAAUACAAUUUUUUUUAUGGGGUGAGUUAUUUUUUCCACAAGCUCUGUGCAAUUGAUAUGACUUUGCACUUUUUAUUGAAGCAGCUCUACCUUGUUUUCAUUAAUAAAAUCAGAAAAGCACAACA